AUGACAACACCCUGUGACGAGAAUUUGAGGCAUAAUUACGCAACUACAGACGCACCAAUGCCCAAGCGUCUGUGUAAAACAAACUCUCGUUCAUGUCCACAAGCAAUUGUCUGUGUGUUUAGUGUCGAGAAUUUGGUACGAGGGCUACUUCUACUGCUUGAUUUACCAACGGUAUGCAGCCUUCUUGAGGUACUGGCAGCUAACAAUUCGUGGCGAAGUGUGCUGAGUAAUAAUGAAGUCUGGAAUAAAAUGCUUAGCGUUUAUUUUGGAGGAGAUUUGCCACCCACUGAACAACUUAACGACGAUGAAGAACAUGAGGUAACAGAAGAAGAAACUGAAGAGCAAGAUGACGACGAUGCACUUGAUCUUGAUGACGAUGUGGAAGAAGAUAUGGAAAUAGAAAAUGACGAGGCUUUGUCAGAAGAAGAUGAGGAAUCAGAGGAUGAGAACUCUGACUCAGACGUUACGAGUCAUCCCACAAGCAGACUAGAGAAUGAUACAGAAUCUAUUGCUCAGGCACCGCAUGUGACCACAUUCAAGUGGAUCAGCGCAAUGUCAAUUAAAUUGGUGCAGGGUGCAUCAUGCACAAAAUUGACAGAAUUUUUGCGCUCUGCAGAGCAACUAAUGCACUUUGACACUCGAUUUCAGAUUGUUCGCGGCGAUAUCGGCAAAAUUCAGACAAUUGGCAAACAAAAAGUUGACGGACUGGCUUUUCCAACGGCAUUGUCGUUGCUAAAUCCGCACAGUGGCGCAGCGUCGGUGAUUUUCCAACGUGCAGGUCAAAGAUUGCGAGAUCAUGUCUCGACGUUAAAUGUCAGACUUGACGUUGGUAAAACACAUACAACCCCAGGUUUUGCUGCAGGUGUCGACAAAUUGAUUCACUGUGUGGGUCCAAAUGCAUAUAGUCCGCACUGUAUGAGAGAUUUGCAACGGACAUACAGAAACGUCCUACGGGCUGUUGAAAGAGAGAAGCUCACUUGUGUUGCCAUGGCAUCUAUUUCCACUGGAAAUAUGGGGUUGCCAGUUGAAAAGGCCGCGUGGUUUGCAUUGUGUGCAAUUCAGCGCUACAUGCGCUCUACAGAUUGGACGGCAACGAUUGGUAUUGUGUGUUUUGAUGCAGACGUAUAUGAUGCUUUCACCAAGUUCAAAGCAAAGGUGAUGACCCAGUUUAAUGCUAAGAAGCUGCGUGCUUCACCGCCGCUACGAAAUCGAUAA